AUCCCAUCCGGGUCCGCCACUCUGCGCAGCCUGGCGCAUAUAUACGCACCACGUGUGAUCCAGCAGCAGUCCGUGCUUCCCAGUCUGCGAGAACAACCAUGUCCAUCGACCCCAGAAUGAUCGUCGGUCCGCUCGAGGAUGCCUUUGUCAAGGUCACUUUCGAGGAAGACGUGGACGCUGAUCGUUCCCGCAGCACUGACCCGUUCUACGACUCAUGGGUGGAUAAAGCCUCCAGCGCGUUUUCGGAGCCCUCGGUCUAUACUGCUCGAGCUCUGCGGAAGCAGUAUCGCAACCAUUCCCUCGUGCUGUUCGCGGAUCCUUCUGUUAACCUCCUAGGUUUCCCUGGAGCUCUGAUCCAACCUCUGGCACCAUCAGAGAUAAUUGAAUCCCUUGGAUUCCUGCCCUCCGCUCGCCGCUUGGGUGGCCAAGCGGGGACUCUGGCUGGACAACUCCAGUAUGGCGCGUUUAAGGUCGCUUGGGACAAAUACGACUUCAUAUUGUAUGUCAUCAGAUACGUCCAAGGCUUGAGUGUCCGGACGCAGCAUUACCUCCUGCACGAAGGCCCAGAAGCGCCAUCUCGCGCGCUUCUGAUGGCAGCCGGCGCCUGGAAGAACCUGCUGCACGAAGAAAUUCUCAUAUUCAACAGCGGAUUUUGGAAGAAGAGCCAUGAGCUUUGGAUUGAGGUUCAGAAGGCCAAUUGGGAUGAUGUGAUCCUGAAGCAAGAGUUCAAAGAUGCUUUGAAGAAGGAUAUUAACGGGUUCUUCUCCUCCGAGAGCCUGUACAAAUCGCUAGCCAUCCCUUGGAAGCGCGGUCUCAUCAUGUACGGCCCUCCAGGGAAUGGCAAGACCAUCAGUAUGAAGGCGGUCAUGAAGGAAUGUGACGCCAAAGGAUAUGCGCCGCUCUAUGUCAAGUCCUUCAAGAGCUACCUAGGCGAGGAAGGGUCGAUGGCUGUGGUCUUCGAGAUGGCCAGGAGCAUGGCGCCUUGCGUCCUUGUGUUGGAAGAUUUGGAUUCCCUCAUCAACGAUAGCAACCGCUCGUUUUUCCUCAACCAGCUUGAUGGUCUAGAAGGCAACGACGGACUACUCGUCAUUGGUUCGACCAACCAUUUCGACAAACUGGAUCCAGCCUUGAGUGGAAGGCCGAGCCGUUUCGACCGCAAGUACUCCUUUGACGAUCCAGACGAAGAGGAGCGUGCCCUAUACGCGAAAUACUGGCAGAAUAAGCUCAAGAGCAACGAGAGCAUCGAAUUCCCUGACAGUCUAGUCCAUGAGAUCGCUGUCGAAACGAACAAGUUCAGCUUUGCAUAUCUGAAGGAAGCCUUCGUUUCCGCUCUUGUCUUGCUCGCUGGAUAUGAGGAUGGAGAGAAGCCCUCAUUUGCCAGCGUGCUGAAGCGACAGAUCAAGUCCCUCCGUAGCCAGCUGGAUAAGAAGCCUGACGGGGCAACGCCCUCUGUUGGCGCAUGAGGUCAGCGGCUGCCCGCCGUGUCCCUGUUACCCUCGAUAGGAGUUCGGACUGGAUCGAGGGCAGUUCCCGGCUGCCCAUGCCUGGCGGAUUGCCU